AUACGUCACACAGACCGGCAGCUUGGAGGAGUUUGACGUGGCACUCUGCAUUCCCUGCAACCAACAGGCGAAGCGAAUUCUGCCCCAAUAUACUGACUGUCCAGAAACCCAAUUACUGUGGCAUGAGAAGAGCAUACCAAUGAGUCAACAGGGUUAUGUUGCCGCACCCCCUUACUCCCAGGCCCAGCCGGGGAUAGGGGGCUACCAAGGUGGGUUUGGGCCUGGUCCUGUGCAACCCCAUUAUGGACACUAUGGAGGAGGAGCACCACCCACGUUCCAAGCACCUCUGACAGGUGGGAUGAAAUCACCAGUGUUGCCACCUCCAGUGUCCACUCCUUCCAGUCCAAGCAACCAGCAGAAUGGGGCUCAGCCACAAAGGUACCCUGCUGCUUACGGACAACCGCUACAGUCCACAGCGUACAACAGCAUGGCCUCUUCAGCCCCGCCUCCAGCCAUGCAGCUGACCAAUCAGAUGAGUUCACUGAACAUGGGCAACUAUGCUCCGGGACCAGUGCUCCAGAACCCCCCAUCUGCGACAAGCCUCCAGCAGCCUUUCCGUACACCCCCUCCGCCUCAGAUGACCCUGGGAUCGCAGUCUCCCCACAUGCAGUCUCCCCACAUGCAGCCGCCCCAGAUGGCCCCAGCGCCAAGUAUUUCCAUGGGAAGCCCUCCGAUGGGACGACCCUUCCCUGGAGCACCGCCUCCUCAUCCUGGUGGUUCUCGAGGGCUCCAGCAGCCUGGUCCUGGGCCUGUGGGUCCGCCUGGAUACCCACAGCAAGCAGGGCCAUUUGGAGGCCACAUGGCAGGACCACAUCCAGGACCUGGGGGAUUCCCUGCUGGUCCGCCUCAGAAGAAACUGGAUCUGGACUCCAUUCCCAGCACAAUUCAAGUCAUUGAGGACGACCAAGCCAAACAUGGAGGACAAGUUUUUAGUACCAACAUCAGAGGACAAGUUCCACCUCUAGUCACCACCAACUUUACAGUGCAAGACCAAGGCAAUGCCAGCCCCAGGUUUAUGCGCUGCACCACCUACUCCUUGCCAUGCACCUCCGAUCUAGCCAAACAGUGCCAGGUGCCCUUGGCAUGCAUCGUCAAACCGUUUGCCAGCUUGCCAAAGAACGAGACGCCACUGUACCUCGUAAACCACGGUGAAAGCGGUCCCAUCCGCUGCAAUCGAUGCAAGGCCUACAUGUGUCCCUACAUGCAGUUCAUCGAGGGCGGCCGCCGCUACCAGUGCGGCUUUUGCAACUGCAGCAAUGAAGUGCCUGUCUUCUACUUUCAACACCUCGACCACAUGGGCCGCAGGGUGGACUUAUACGAGAGACCAGAGCUGUCGCUGGGAUCAUAUGAAAUGGUGGCCACCCUGGACUACUGCAAGAACAACAAGCCGCCCAAUCCACCUGCCUACAUCUUCAUGAUCGACGUGUCUUACAACAACGUUAAAAGCGGGCUGGUCAGACUAAUAUGUAAUGAGCUGAAGACGCUGCUGGACAUGCUGCCGAGAGAGGAGGGCGCAGACAACUCACCUGUGAAGGUGGGCUUCGUCACCUACAACAAGACACUCCACUUCUACAACGUCAAGAGCUCCCUGUCGCAGCCGCAGAUGAUGGUGGUGUCCGACAUGGCCGAGAUGUAUGUGCCACUCCCAGAUGGCUUCCUCGUCGACUUCCAAGAAUCCAGGGCAGUCAUCUGCAACCUCCUGACCCAAAUCCCUGACAUGUUUGCCGACACCAACGAGAGCGAAACGGUCUUUGCUCCUGUCAUCCAGGCUGGUGUAGAGGCAUUCAAGGAAGCAGACUGCAGCGGCAAACUCUUCAUCUUCCACUCAUCCAUGCCUACCGCAGAAGCUCCCGGCAAGCUCAAGAACAGGGACGACAAAAAGCUGGUCAAUACGGAGAAAGAGAAAACACUCUUCCAGCCGCUGAAGGGGACGUACGAGCAGCUGUCCAAAGACUGCGUGGCCCAAGGCUGCUGUGUGGAUCUCUUUCUCUUCCCCAACCAGUAUGUGGAUGUGGCCACCAUGGCAGACGUGUCGUUGCACACAGGAGGCUCUGUGUUCAAGUAUAACAACUUCCAGGUGGAGAUGGACGGGGAGCACUUCCUGCAAGAUGUGAGGAAGGAAGUGCAGAAGAGCAUCGGGUUUGAUGCCAUCAUGCGUGUUCGCACCAGCACAGGCUUCAGAGCCACUGACUUCUUCGGCGGCAUCCAUAUGAAGAACACCACAGAUGUGGAAAUGGCAGCGGUAGACUGUGACAAGGCGGUGACGGUGGAGUUCAAGCACGAUGACGCGCUCAAUGAGGAGACGGGCGCUCUCAUACAGUGUGCUUUGCUCUACACGACCAUCAGCGGGCAGCGGCGCCUCCGCAUCCUCAACCUCAGCCUCAACUGCAGCUCGCACCUAUCAGAGCUAUACAAGUGCUGCGAGACAGACUCACUCGUCAACUUCUUCGCCAAAUCAGCAUACCGGGCCAUCUUGAACCAGCCGCUGAAGAACAUCAAGGAGAUUCUGGUCAACCAGACGGCCCAUAUGCUGGCCUGCUACAGGAAAAACUGUGCCAGCGCCUCGGUGGCCAGUCAGCUAAUCCUGCCAGAUGCCAUGAAGGUGUUCCCGGUCUACAUGAACAGCCUGAUGAAAACAUCUCCCUUGACCGGCAGCACUGAGCUGUCGACGGACGAUCGGGCUUAUCAGAGGCUGUCCGUCAUGGCCAUGGGGGUGGAGGACACUCAGCUGCUGCUCUAUCCGCGCCUCAUCCCACUGCACAACAUGGAUGUCGCUAAUGAGGCUCCACCCGCUCCUCUGCGUUGCACAGAAGAGCGUCUAGCAGACAGUGGUGUCUUCCUUUUGGAGAACGGCCACACUAUGUUCCUGUGGUUGGGCCAGGCGAGUCCACCUGACGUGAUCCAGGGCCUCUUUAACGCACCCUCCCUUGCCCACCUGCAAGGAAACAUGAGCGUUCUGCCUGAGCUGGACAACCCGCUGUCUAAGAAGGUUCGAGCAAUCAUGAGAGACCUUCUGGAAAAGAGCCCCAAAUCCAUGAAGCUUCAGAUCGUGAGGCAGAAGGACAAACCUGAGAUGAUGUUCCGCCAGUUCUUGGUGGAGGACAAAGGCCUUCACGGCGGAACCUCCUACGUGGACUUCCUGUGCUACGUUCAUAGGGAGAUCAAACAAGUACUCACUUAAAACAUUUUUGUCUUCCAGAGAGCUUAAAACGGACCCUAAUAAUUUUACAAAAGGCGGAAAAACUGCAUUUUGGGAACAUUCCAAACACAGAUCAUGGAGAAAGUGUGCCAAAGCUGCCUCUUUUUUUUUUUUUAAACCACAUUCCAGCUUAUUGUUUUUUUUUAGUUAUUUGCUGAGUAAAAGAAGGCUAAUAGAAGACAAAUGUAAAUGUGCCUUUUGUUUUUAAUGCUAGUCUGAAACAACAAAUUACACUUUAAAAAAAAAAGAAAAGGUGGGGGAUGGUUAAAGGAAAACGGCACUUUUUCAGAAUUUUGCCCAUCAUCCACAAUCCUUAUGAGACAUGAACACACGUCUUUCUCUUUUCUGUGCGUUCUGUACAUUCCGUCACAUUAUAUGUAAAAGGAGCGUUGUUGGUGCUUUUUGGAAUCUUUUUGAGAAGGCUUUAUAGGCGGAAUAAAUGUUUCCAUACGUGCAGUGAUGAGCUGUGUCUUUUUAUCUGUUUUUAUAUCUUUAGAACGCACAGAAAAGAGAGAGACGUGUUCGUGUCUCGCAUAAGUAUCGUGGAUGAUGAGCAAAAAUUCCAAAAAAAAGUGCAGUUUUCCUUUAAGAAUUAUUUUUUCAGUAUCGUGUAUUGUCUUUUUGUACCAGAUAAAUUGACAGCUGCCUUUUUAGUUGAAACCGUACAAUUUGGUUUGUAUUAAAACAUAACCUCAGGUAAUGUGAGCACAUUAUUUGUCUUAAAAAUUCUAUCCUUAAUACAGUUGAUCCCAGCUAUUCGCAGGGAAACCACCCGCAAAUAGCAAAUAAACAAGAAUAUUUGAAACGGCCGUAAAAAUGUCUAUUUUUAACAAGAGUAAAGCCUGGAUUAUGCUGCUGCAUCGCUAUGCCAGCUCGCUGCACCCCGUCCAAACCCUCCUGCGAGUUUGACUUCAGUUGCAAUAAAAUUGACUGCAAUUAUUAGAUUAGGCACUGACGUCAUGUCGUACAGCUACUGUAUGUUGGCUUUAUUGUCCUGUAUUUAUAAAUUAUUCCUGACUUGGGGAGAAUGAGAUGUGUUUUCAGCAGAAAAAAAUGCCUAUUUUAGGAGAAACAAAAACAAAUUUUUCUACCAAAAAUCUGCAAAUCUGCUGGGUCGUGAAUGAUGAAUCAUGAAUAUGUGGGGAUCCACUGUACAUACUUGAGAAGGAGUGGUGCACCUUUGCCUUAGAGCCACUAAAAGGCACCAGGGUACUAAAAAAAUAAGACUGCAGUACAGUACAGCAGUGUGUUCCAUUCCGAGACCUACAUGACAAAAAACAGCAAGUGAAAUACACACCCAAGAAAAGCCUAUAAAUUAAUUAAAAGCUUACCAUAAUUUCUGGACUAUUGAGCACACCUGAAUAUAAGUCACACCCACCAAAUUUAGAGAAUUUUGUUUUUGUACAUAAAUAAGACGCACAUGUAACGUGGGAUAUUUACACAGAAAGAAACUAUAAAUCUUGCAAUCCUACCUACACUCGGUGGUCCCCUCAUCACUUGUUAACCCUAAUGAUGAGCAGUGAGAUGCUUCUGCCGCAGUCCAAGCAGAGCUGUACUUAUCCUACGCUUGAUCAAACUUACUUAAGAUUUGUCAGAUAAAACACGGUUGUUGCAUAAGACUUCAAGAACAUGAUAUUUUUGUCCACUACUGCAAUUCCAAACUUACUAAAGCUGCACUCUUAAGCACCACGGGAACUGUAGCUCUUUUAGCCAUAAAUUAGCCACAUCAUUGUUUAAGCCACAGGGUUCAAAGCGUGUGGCAAAAAAAGUAGUGGCUUAUAGUCAGGAAUUUACGCUAAUUUAUUGUCUGUAAACACAGGAAUCACUCGAAAACUAGUUACUAAACUAAACUAAACUAGUUAGUGUGGUAUGCCGUGGAAGAAUACACAAUGUACUCAAUAUUGGCCGCACUUGUCUCAGUGGCUUGACUGUUGCCACCAUCAUUUAGGAUAAAAUAUCUAACUGGAAGUUGGAAAGAUAACGAAGAAAUGGUCCAUCAACUAUCUCCACCGCACCAAAACAACAUCAGCAAACUUAGCGGUCCUCUCUGCACGGAGCCACACACACAAACAAAAUCAGGACACAUGUAAUGUUCAAAGACGGUCAGAAAUCAGUAAACUCUUAACUCUACAAAACACAUAACUGGUGUUGCUUCAGCAACAGUAAUAACCAAGCAGUGUAGUGGUCUUACUAUUGAUAUGGAAAGGUUGCUAGUGCUUUAAGCUUUUAUUACAUUAUAUCCAUUUUUAUUGCAGUUUCUUUCUAAUAGUAUUUUCUCACUGUGUUUUAUGUCUUUCAUGUGCUCUGAGUACAAAAGAAAUGAACACGCAGCGGCACGGAUGCCGACCCAUGAAUAGGCGGGCAUCUACUGUACAUUGAAAUAAAAAUGAUGAAAAAAUACAGUAAACAAGAAUGAUGUUUAUCGUUUAUUUUUAUGUUGUGUUAUAUUUUCAUAAAUGUAGAAAUAUGCGGCAUCCAGUCUCAUUUCAAAAGUGAUGAUGAGCACAUAAGUAAAAUGAUAAUAAAUACAACAUACAAAGUGUCAGAGAGAAUAGUUUUUCGAAAAAUAAAUAAAAUGAAAGUUCACAUACUUGUAGAGCAGCUUUUAAAACUCCCACAAACCCACAAAUGUUCCUUUAAUACUGCAUGGAUGACCUGUUUUUUUUACAAUGAGCAUAACACCAUAUAAAUAACUUAAUUAUCCGAUAGAAAGAUGAACGUAUGAUAAAGAAAAUACACUUAAAAAGCAUUGGUGGUGUCUAAUAUUCUACAUAAAUUCAAUAUAAGCUACUUGUGUGCUUGUGUGGACGUCAUUUGCUGCCUUCUACCUGGCGGGGACACAUGAUUCUUUUCAUCAUUCAUGUACCUACACUAAAUAUAUACAUUUGUCCUCUAAAAGAAGUGGGGACACUCGGGAAUA